AUGGCCACCAGUAAUGCUGAGAUGUCACAGGAUGAUCAUGUUUAUUAUAAAAAGCUUCUCAGACACUUAUCCAAUCAUCAGGAUAGUAUUGUGGCCAGCAAACCUACUCGAAUGAAUCGAAAUUGCUUCUUCUCUCCAGUCCAAUGUAUGCUGACCCAAAAUACCAUAAUUGGAAUUCGCCGUUCAAACUUUGCUAAUAGCCGAUCAUAG